AUGGCCACGCUGAGUGUAAAGCCAGGACAGCGGUUCACCUUGCCGAGCUGGCACGCCAACUCCCAGCUCAUCUCGGCUGACGCUGAACGCCAGCGUUCUGCUUCCCACCGAGUCCGUCAGGAAGCCCGAGCUCUCCGCAACGAAACCAACAACCAGACGAAAUGGGAUGAGCAUGACAACCAAACCCGCCUGGCUGAACGUAUCAGGAAUGUGAACAGAUGGAAGGAGACCCUGGACAAAUGCCUCGCAGACAUAGAUGCGGAAAUCGAUGCCUUAGCCAAAGUGAAGGAUGCGGCAGAAGGUGCCCUCCAGGCAAAGAAUUUGCCCCUGGAGGUUUCCAUUGAGUGCCUGACGCUCCGUGAGAGCCGCCGUGCCAUCGAUGUGGUGAGGGACCCUGUGGAGGAGGAGCUGCACAAGGAGGUGAAGGUGAUAGAACAAGCCAAGAGACAACUGCAGCAGAGAGUGAACGAAGCCUUCGAACAGCUCUGCAUCUUACAGGAAGCGCGCCAGCAGCUGAGCGGUGACCGCCGGUGCAAGAUGGAAGCAUUGGAAAUAGAUCGCAUGUGCUUAUCCCUCAGCGUGAACUCUCCCAACAUCUCCUUCAAGGCCAACCCAGCACGGGUCCCAAACGGAUCAACUACGCUUGAUGAGUGGGAACAGAACAGCCAGUGUAACAAGGAGCACGCUGAGGCAGAAGUGAGAGCCUCGACCGAGCUCCGAGAAGCAGCAGUGCUUGCCAUUGCGCAGACAAACAACGAGCUGGAGGCUCAGCGCGUGGCUACAGAGUUUGCCCUGCGCAAGAGGAUUAGAGAGCUGGAAAGAGCCUACGAUGAGCUGAAAUGGCAGGAGCAGAAUACCUUGGAGGAAAUUGCUGAAAUGGAGGAGGACAUCCGGCGCUUGGAGGAAGAUCUUCGGAGGAGAACGCAGGAUCUGAAGGUGGCGCACACCCGCCUGGAGACCCGCACCUAUCGGCCCCACAUGGAGCUCUGCCGGGAUCAGGUCCAGUACGGGCUGACGGAUGAGGUCCAGCAGCUGGAGGGAACGAUCCGAGUGCUCAGACAGAAGCUGGCAGAGUCACAGGAUGCCUUGGAUGCUCUUUACAGACAACUUCACCGCAUUCAGACAGAUAUUGGCUACAAAGCCAGUUCCCUGCUGCUGGACAACAAGUGCAUGGACAGCCGGAGAAAACUCGUGGUCCCUGCCGAGAAAUUUGUGCCAGAGGUCGGCACUUUCAGCCGGACCACGCACCAUGCACUGAAGAACGGGCAGCUGGAGUUGGCUUAG